AUGGACUUCUCUUGCUAUCGGGGUGCGAGCCAAGAGCUUACAGAGCUAUUGGCCACCUUGCCGGCUCCUGCCGAGCAAUCCAUCGAAGAUUUCAAGCGUACGACGAACCAAGGCCGCGAACAUGUCUCACGAGAGCAAAUGGAGAUACUCUCCCCUCAGAUCCGUGUACAAGAUCAUUCAAUACCAGCUCGCGACGGUCAAGAGAUCGAAGCAAGAAGCUACCGGUCAGCUUCGACCCCAGAAGACAAGCGUCUCCCAAUGUACAUCCAUUUCCAUGGUGGAGGCUUUCUCUUGGGCACACUGUCUUCUGAAGACGCGGCAUGUGCUCGCGCCGCACUUGCAACGGAUGUCGUCGUUCUGAACGUCUGUUACCGUCACACCCCAGAAUGGACGUACCCAACAGCAUGGCACGAUUCAGAAGAUGCAUUCGAGUGGUCGUUUGCCAACGCUCACUUGUUCGGUGGAGACCCCAACCAAAUCGUCAUAGGAGGGAUCUCGGCGGGCGGGCAGCUCACGGCGGCGUUAGUACAGACCAAGAAGCGUGAACACGCGCCAUCGUAUCGGAGCAUCAAAGGGCAAGUCCUCAUGAUCCCGUGUCUGGCGCAUCCCGAUUGCUACGCGCCACAGCUGGCGCAGAUGAAGAGCCCUGAGAUCUCUUCCUACCGCGAGAACGAAUUCGCGCCCAUCCUGCCACUGAGUCGGAUGCGAAUGUUCUGCGGCCUGCUGUUUCCAGACGGGCCACCAAGUUUGGAGGACAGGAAGUUCAAUGUCGGAAAUGCCCCGCCGGAUGAAGUACAAGGCCUCCCACCCGCGACAUUCGGCAUAGCCGGCCUGGACCCGCUGCGGGACGAAGCUAUCCUGUAUGCGAAGCUCUUGGCGGAGAAUGGCGUGGCCACGAACGUGCAUCUGUUCAAGGGCGUGCCGCAUGGAUUCAGGAGGUUUGGGGGCAAGUUAACCGCGAGCGCACAUUGGGAUCAAGUGCUGCACGAUGGCAUCAGGUGGGCACUAAACAAUCCAUCUCCGGGCGGUCUUUUCAACGUCACCGUACAUGGAUAA